UCCGUAAUAUAUCGGCGAGCAAAGCUUAUCGCCGGCUGCAGCCUCCUCCAAACGGCCAUGGCCGUCAAGUGCCCGCUCCUCCCUCUCUACCCUUCGCGGCCGAACGCAUGCCCUAGUUUUAACGCUCCGAAACCCUUGUUGUCUCCUCGUAGAAGCCUCGCGAUUCGGUGCGCGAAGCGGACCGGGAAGCAGAGGUACCCGUCCGAGAAGAAGAAGCUCCGGAUGAUGAACGAAACGCUCCUCCAGAACGACAUCAAGAACCGCGCCGAGGGGUUCUGGAGGCUCUCCAAGCUCGGCGUCCCCGCCCACAAGGAUCCUGGGAAGGACUUCAUUGGGGUCUCCCUUCCUCUUCUUGAAGCCAUUGCCAAGGUGCUCGAAUUCCCGGUUGCUGCCAUGUUACCUCAGGAAGCAUUCUCCAUUGUUCGGAAGUCUUUUGACGCAAGAAAGGUGCUGAAGGAACCUCAGUUUGUUUAUACUGUGGACAUGGAUGUAAAGAAACUUCUGAAUUUGGAGCCUCGCACAUGGGACUUCAUCUAUCGGUUAGAAUCCAAACUGGGGGUCAUAGAGUAUAUGCCCAAGGAAGACAUUCCUGCUGAUCUGAUUCGUAUAUUACAUGAUUGUAAACAAAUGCACAAUGGUUUGAAGCUGGAAGAGAGACAAGACACUCACAGCAAGGAUUCUAACAAGCUUCCACUUCUCAAAAGACCAAAAGUUUCAGUCAUUGGUAGUGGACCAUCAGGCUUGUUUGCUUCCCUUGUGCUUGGGGAACUUGGUGCAGAAGUUACCCUAAUAGAAAGGGGUCAAGCAGUCGAACAGAGAGGGCGUGAUAUUGGUGCUUUAGUUGUUCGGCGAGUUCUACAAUCUGAAAGCAAUUUUUGCUUUGGGGAGGGUGGUGCAGGUACAUGGAGUGAUGGAAAGCUGGUAACAAGAAUCGGAAGGAACAGCGACAGUGUUCAGGCUGUUAUGAAAACUUUAGUUCAGUUUGGAGCCCCACCAAACAUUUUGGUUGAUGGGAAGCCCCACCUGGGAACAAAUAGACUGGUUCCGCUGCUGCGCAACUUCCGCCAGCAUCUGAAGGAGUUGGGCGUUGAUAUAAAGUUUGGGACUAGACUGAAUGAUCUCAUCGUACAAAACAAGCAGGUUUUGGGAGUCAAAGUUUGUGAUGCAAGACAUGGACCUGGUUAUGAUGACAAGAAGUUAUCAUGUGAUGCGGUUGUUCUAGCAGUUGGUCACUCAGCUCGUGAUGUGUACCCCAUGUUGCUUGAACACAAUGUAGAUUUGGUCCCAAAAAAUUUUGCAGUUGGCUUACGAAUUGAGCAUCCACAAGAACUGAUAAACAGCAUACAGUACUCUGCAUUGGCUGCUGAAGUCCAUGAGGGACGUGGAAGAAUACCUGUUGCUGAUUAUAAAGUAGUGAAGUAUAUCAGUGGAGAGAACGAUGGGGUCAGUUCUGGUUCAGAGGAAGUAAUUCGUAGCUGUUAUUCCUUUUGCAUGUGUCCUGGUGGGCAGGUUGUUUUAACUAGCACAAACCCAUCAGAACUUUGCGUCAAUGGCAUGUCAUUUUCCCGCCGCUCAUCUAGAUGGGCAAAUGCAGCACUUGUUGUCACUGUCUCCUCAAAUGAUUUUGAUUCCUUUCGAUCUUAUGGGGCUCUUGCUGGCGUUGAAUUCCAGCGAGAAUUUGAAAGAAGAGCAGCAUUAAUGGGGGGUGGAAAUUUUGUUGUCCCUGUACAAGCUGUUACUGAUUUUUUGGAGAACAAAUUGUCAGUUACAUCUCUACCACCAUCAAGCUACCGCUUGGGAGUUCAGGCCUCAAACCUCCAUGAGCUCUUCCCCUCUCACAUUACACAAGCUUUCAAGCAUGCGAUACUAAAGUUCGAUAAAGAGCUGCCAGGCUUUAUCUCCCGGGAUGCCCUCCUUCAUGGUGUUGAGACAAGGACAAGUUCCCCUGUGCAGAUCUUACGUCAUGCAGAUACGUAUGAGAGUACAUCAUUGAAAGGGCUGUAUCCAAUUGGAGAAGGUGCAGGUUAUGCUGGUGGGAUCGUCAGUGCUGCUGUUGAUGGUAUGUAUUGUGGUUUUGCUGUAGCCAAAAGUCUCGGUUUAUAUCAGGGUGAUAUAGAGUCAAUAUUGGGUAAAGCUCAGAAAAAUACAGGUUUUGUAAAAUAUUGAGGAUGCUUUCGAAGUUUUUGCCUAAAUUUGCAUGUUUCCCCCCAUUUGUAUAAGUUCACAUUUAAAUUUAUGAAGCAAAAUUUGGUUGCUAAAACAUGGUUAAAAAAGGAACCUCGGCAUCAAUAAUGCAUAGAUAUUUUAUA